UUUUCGUCUUUAACAAUUGCGUGUCAGGCAAAAAGAUGCAGGCACUAGGUGAAGGAAGGUCCUUUUUAGUCUGUUUCUUCGCACAAAGAAGGAAAUGGGCUGAAAAAAACCUUUCUAUGUUACAUGUUUGAAUGAGCUGAGACUACCACAAUGAGUAACCAUAUUUACGAUGUGUGUGUUGUGGGUGCUGGUGUCAAUGGAAGUGCAUCAGCUUAUUCACUUGCAAAACAAAAAAAGGAUGUAUUGCUUUUAGAACAGUUUCCAGUUCCCCACACAAGAGGCAGUUCGCAUGGACAAAGUAGAAUUGUGCGCUGCUUGUAUCCUUCCAUGUGCUAUGCAAAAACGUCAUUUGACUCUUUUGCCUUGUGGAAGCAAUUGGAAAAAGAGGUUGAUGAUAAGCUGCUAAUUCAAAACGGUAUUUUAGAAGUUUUCAAAAAUGGUGCGGAGAAGUUGAAACGUUGUUUGGAAGUUUUGGAUAGACUGGGUGCUCCAUACGAUUUAUUGACUGCUGAACAAAUUAACAUUAAAUACCCAUUGUUAAAAGUACCUCAUGGCUAUUCUGGUAUAGUAGAACAUAAUGGUGGCAUGGUAUUGGCAUCCAAAUGUGUUGCUGCUUUACAGAAAGUAUUUGUCAGAAAUGGUGGUGUAUUUCAAGAUGGAGAGCCUGUUACCAGGAUAAUGCCUGGGAGUACUAUCACUAUCCAUACAAAAAAGGGCAAAUAUUACUCACGUUCACUUAUCAUCACUGCAGGUCCAUUCACAUCGAAGCUGACCAAACCCCUUGGGUUGAAUUUACCACUAAAUAUCCGGAGAACACGUGCUUGUUACUGGAGACUAAAGGAGGAAAAAUCUGGCUCUACUUCACACUGUCCUUCAUUUAUUAUGUUUGGUAUAUAUGGAUUGGCUUGUCAUGAAUAUCCAGGCUUAAUUAAGAUUUGUCAGCAUACUGGCCCAAUUGUUGACAUUGAUUAUCCUGACGUAGCACAUGACAUUGAAGAGGUGAAAAACUUUGUCAGACUUUACACAGAUGGUGUUGAAGAGAGGCCGAGCAUUGUUGAAAACUGUUUGUAUACACUAACACCAGAUCGAGAUUUUAUUAUUGAUGUCCAUCCAAAAUAUCAAAACAUUGUCAUCGGUGCAGGUUUUUCAGGUACUGGUUUUAAGAUGGCUCCUGCUACUGGAAAUAUCCUCGCAGAUUUAGCCUUGGGAAGAAUUCCAUCCUAUGAUAUAUCGAAGUUUAAAAUGGGUAGAUUCCCUGCUAUUGUGGAUAAAAAAUCUUCUUUAUAAGUUUUUUUAUGUUUUAUGAGGUUUUUUAAUUUUAACAAUGAUCUUCUGAUUGAAAACUUUGAAAGCACCAAUUUUGUGAUAUGGGAUAAUCCUGUAUAGUACAAUAUGACAUUAAAUUAACAUAUCAGAUGGCAGUUCCUAUUCCUCCAGAGCCUCAAAUAUUGGCUAUUACCUAAAACUACCCUUUAAUUUCUAUGAAAUCCUUAUCUUCAAAUAAUUUAUGCCGUAUGAUAUAAUUCGCUUAAACGAUUUUAUUAUUAGUAUGUUAUCUUAAUUUUUCGUGAUUUGUUAUCAUAUAAAGUUUAUCAUUAUAAUUGAUUUUUGUAUUAAAAUUUAUUACCAACAGUUUCUUACAACAAGGUGUUCGAACACUUUGUUUCACUGACACAAAAUGAAAAGGACAGGAAAACGCAUCAGAAGAAAUAAUCUGAUUGCAAUUUCUUGAUUAUUGCAUUAUUUUUGUGUUUGUGGAAAGUUUUAAAAUAUUUUGUGCCUGUAUUUUUAGAUUUCUGGAUUUAAAUUUUAAUAUAUUUUUUAUUGCAA